GCCUUAAGCAACAGUUAUCAUUCAAGCGAAUGAAAUGAAACAAAGCGUCGUACGCGAAGAGUGCAGUGUUCUUAAAAUCAAAAGUGACAACUAUUUCAAACGUGAAGUAAGCUAGUUUCAAUUUGGACUACACACUUCUCUACAAUUAUUAAACGACAAGGGCAAAAAUAUAUGAACAAUUCGAUUCCAACCAAAACUACCAUAUAACUCAUAACGCGUAAAAAUGCCUCAAAUCAUUGGACAAUUUACCAAGCUCCCAACCGCUUUGGGCUGCUCCCCCAAGCUCCGUUCCGUAGCGGAUAAUCAAAUUCGUGGCGUGGCCAUCGUCAACGGACACCUAUCCCAGCUUUCACCCAAAAUCCGUAACUAUGUUGAGGAAUCCGUUGCCAUGUGUCAACCGGACCGUAUCCAUAUCGUCAACGGCAGUGAGCAGGAAAGUGCCGCCCUGAUCGACAUUCUGCAUGCUCUCGGUACCGUUCAACCCCUACCCAAGUACGAGAACUGCUGGUUGGCCCGCACCAACCCGGCGGACGUGGCCCGUGUCGAAUCCAAGACCUUCAUUUGUACCCAACAACAGAAGCAGGCCAUUCCAUCGCCUAAAGAUGGCGUCAAGGGUACACUCGGCAACUGGAUCUCGCCAGAAGACUACGAUAAGGCAAUCCGUUCUCGUUUCCCUGGCUGCAUGAAGGGACGCACCAUGUACGUAGUUCCGUUCUCCAUGGGACCGAUCGCUUCACCAUUGUCCAAGUUCGGCAUCGAACUUACCGAUUCAGCGUACGUUGUCUGCUCGAUGCGCAUCAUGACCCGUAUGGGACUGGAAGUCCUCGAGAAGCUUUCCGACAAUUCCGAUUUUAUCAAGUGUUUGCAUUCGGUUGGAACUCCGGCAAGUGGAAAAAUUGCUAUGCCCACCUGGCCAUGCGAUCCGGAGCGUACCAUCAUCCUCCACAAACCGGCAAACAACGAAAUCGUAUCCUAUGGAUCCGGCUACGGCGGAAACUCGCUGCUCGGCAAGAAGUGCUUCGCUUUACGUAUCGGCAGCACUAUCGCUCAACGUGAAGGUUGGCUCGCAGAACAUAUGCUGAUUCUCGGCGUCACGGAUCCGAAUGGCGUCAAGAAGUAUAUUGCCGCAGCUUUCCCAUCGGCCUGCGGCAAAACCAACCUCGCCAUGAUGACUCCGACACUUCCUGGCUAUACCAUGGAAUGCGUUGGCGACGACAUUGCCUGGAUGAAGUUUGAUUCCAAAGGACAACUGCGCGCCAUCAACCCCGAGAAUGGAUUCUUCGGUGUUGCUCCGGGAACGUCAUCAGAAACCAACCCGAACGCCAUGAAAACUGUCUACAAGAACACCAUAUUUACCAACGUGGCAACCACUUCCGAUGGUGGUGUAUUCUGGGAAGGAAUGGAAAAGGAAAUUGAUGCUGAUGUUGAGAUCACCGACUGGCUGGGCCAGCCGUGGAAGAUGGGAGCCUCGAAAACCCCAGCUGCGCAUCCAAACUCUCGCUUCUGUGCCCCAGCAAGCCAGUGUCCCAUCAUUGACCCUGCCUGGGAAGAUAACGAGGGUGUACCAAUUUCGGCCAUUCUCUUCGGAGGACGUCGUCCCGAAGGCGUCCCACUAGUGUACGAAGCCAACUCAUGGUCUCACGGAGUAUUCAUCGGAUCUGCCAUGCGCAGUGAAACGACGGCUGCCGCUGAAUACAAAGGCAAAGUUAUUAUGAACGAUCCGUUUGCUAUGCGCCCGUUCUUCGGCUAUAACUUCGGGGACUACCUCAAGCAUUGGCUCAGCAUGGAAGAACGUGCAACCGCUGCGGGUGGACACACGCCGAAAAUUUUCCACGUCAACUGGUUCCGCAAGGAUGCCAACGGAAAGUUCCUGUGGCCAGGGUUCGGUGAAAAUUGUCGGGUAUUGGAAUGGAUUCUGCAGCGAGUCGAUGAUCACGAAUGUUACGAGGAAACGGCCAUCGGUCGCAUCCCUUCCAAGGGUGCACUGAAUUUCGAUAAUCUCGACUGUGCGAUAAACGAGAAGGAACUUUUCUCAAUUCCGAAGGACUUUUGGCUGAAGGAAGUUGAAGCAAUUCAGCAGUACUACGACAACCAGCUGCCGAACGAUUUACCACAGAAGGUUGCACAAGAGCUGGAGGCGCUCAAAAGUCGAGUGGUGCAAAUGUAAAUUGUUCAAUGAUUUGCUUACGAGGCACUAGGAUGUAAGGAAUGCAUAAUGAUACAUUAGUAGUAGUAUUAUAGAUUAUGAAUAAAUAGGAAUAAUUAUUUAGUAAAAUAAAAACAAACAAGUUUCAAAACAA